AUGGAUUAUAAGCCGCUCGAAUCCUCAAGACACUUCUUCAUCGCCGGCCACCAAGACCCGAUGAAGAUGGAGCCGCCGACAUCUAUAAACUCACUAGAGCUAGAGUCAAAGCCUGUGGAGGGUACAAGAGGCAGGAAGAAGGGACCACGUCGUACACAAUUCUCUUGCACCGAAUGCCACAGAAGAAAACAGAAAUGCGAUCGCAACCACUGCGCCCAGCGGAAAGUGCCGUGCGUGCCUUUCCAACCAGGCCACGAUAACGAUGUUCAUAGUCGUUUGGUUAGAAUCGAAGGGCUCGUCGAGAGUUUGAUGCCGCUUCUCCAAACAGAUACAUCAGGCAGCACCUCAGAACCACCAAGCAAGAGACGCAAGGCGAUGAGCACAGCUACUUCGGGUGAUGAUGAUGACGAGGAGAGGGACGAUCUGGCCAACGUCGGUAUCGGUCCCGCUGCUUCAGGCACUCUGCUCAAUAACGGCAAUUGGUAUGGCCCAUCGAGCCUGAACGUGUCUGAAAUAGCGCAUGAUCUCGCUGACAAAGUUGGCGGAGACACCACUACAGACUUCAAGAACCCUGCUCAUAGUCCAAUUGCUGUUGAUGAUCAACUCAGUAUCGUCAUUCAGGAGUUCGGGAUGAGCCCGUCUAAAGUCGACACGCUUGUGGACGAACUUCCGCCGAAACAGUUUGCAGAUAAACUCGUUGACUCUUUCUUCGCGCACAUUAACUGGACAAGGUAUCCGAUACAUGAACAGAGCUUUAGAAACGCUUAUGAGUCCACAUACAAGAAGCGCAGGAGUUUGGAGGCUAAGGAUUUCAAGAACCUUCCUCUCGUGUUUAUCGUUCUCGCAACCACGCUUAGAUUCGCUCCGAAUGAAGAGAUUGCAGUUGAGGCUGGCAGCGGUUUAUCUGAAGCGGAGAGACGUAGCUGGGCGCUUAGAUUGUAUUGGAGCAGUAAGCCCAACUAUUACUGCGCACACAACAAAACACCAGCUAACACCUUCUCAGCUCGCAGAUGUUCACUUCUUGUGUCCGCAGUGCAGGGAGAUUGCACAGAGAUGGUCAUCUCGAGGCUUCUGAGCACCCGUCUGCUCAUCAACGAGAGAAGACUGACAGAAUCAUGGUCGCAGCUCGGAAGCGCGAUUAGAACUGCUCAGAGUCUAGGCAUGCACAGAGACGGAAGCAAGCUCGGGCUGAGCUGUUACGAGACAGAGUAUCGCAGGAGGAUUUGGAGCUAUCUUCAGCAUGCAGACAAUACCUUAGCUCUGAUAUUGGGCAGGCCUCCAUCGAUUAUCCCGGCAUACUGCGACACUCUCCCGCCAUCUAACAUUGAUGACAACGAUUUUCAGAGCACAUCAGUGGAUACAAGCCCACCGCUACCAAAACCACUCAAUAUACCUACGCUGAUGACGGCUCAUGUGCUGCGCCACUCGUUCGUGCAGAUAGUAGCUCGGUGCAACGAGCACUUUUCGAACCUGCGCGCACCGUCGAGCUACUCAAAUGUGUUAAGACUAGAUGCAGAGAUAGGCGAAUUUAUCGCAAGAUUGCCGCCUGUGUUUAGAUUUGAGGAUCCAGACACAUCGGUGGAUAGCCAAAUGCCAUGGUUGCCGACACAUCGCUUCCUGCUCGCAGUGGAAUGCUACUUUACUAAGAUAAGUCUGCAUAGACCAUGGGUGCUUCGCAAACUUAACAGCACGAGGUAUGCACCAUCAAGGAGGGCUUGCUUCGAGUCGGCGAAACUCGACUUUUUUGCUAGAGAGAGAUUCAGGAAGGAGACAAAUAAGUCGCUCGGUAGAUUCGGUGGUGGACAGUAUAGAAUAUUUAACUCCACACUCAUCUCAGCGAUAGCAUUGAUUUUGGAGCCGUUCGGGAAGGACUCCGCACAGCACAAACACAUACUCGACUCGUUCCUUGCUGAGAGGCAAGACAAGACGGUGACGCUACCAUGGGAUGAGGCUAUGGUUAAUGAGAUGCGCAUCAUACAGCUGUUCAGAAACAAGGCACAGGAGCUGCGUCAGUCGAGAGCGGCGGCGACUAGCAGUAGUGGGAGAGGCGCAAAGGGAAGGGUGAAUGGGGAAGAAGUAGAUGGAUUCGAUGACACUACAGCAGAUAAGGACCCAUCACUGAGGUUCGCGCAGCCAAACGCUAAUUCGAAUGCCAAUCUAUUGAUGGGUAUGUCCAAUUCGUCAUUCGCCGAAGCGAGCGCACCGAGCUACCAGAGUGUGGUUUCAGGAAGUGACAAUGUAGAUGCGCAAUGGCAAUGGAAUAGUGGUGGGGGAGGUGCUGGUGCCGGUGCUUCCACUUCUGCUGCUACAUCAGCAAACCACCUCCAGCCACCGUCAAUUGACGUAAACGGGAAUAAUUGGACAUUGAACGACGCACCGGCGGAUACUAUUGCUAUGCUGCUCGGAUUAGGUGUGCCUGACAUGAUGCCCUUAAGUGGAUCACUUGAUAACUCGGUAAGCGGUGUACCGACGAGCUCUGCACAGCCGGCGCCGGACGAGUCAGCAGACUAUUGGCACAAGCUAAUAUCAUCGCUGAAUGAAAACUGA